AUGGCGAGACAAUGGAUUCUGACUGGUCAAGAAGGCUUCGAGAAAUCCCUCGAGUAUCAAGAGGGACUUGAUGUUCCAUCCGCCGAGGAACUGGGGUCUCACGAUGUUCUGGUAACCAUGCAUGCUGCAAGUCUGAAUUAUCGCGAGCUGAUGAUCGCUGGAUCCGUGGAUCUCACUGGACCAAUCACGCCAUCGGUGAUCCCAGGCUGCGAUGGUGCAGGUAUCGUCACGCACGUAGGAUCCUUUGUGACGGAGUUCUGUCCUGGAGACAGAGUUGUCACAUACGUCGCACCCAAGCUGGCCGAAUCUCGUGGCGACGAUGCUCUCCCGAGUAUCGCCGAUGCCAUGCAGUGCAGGGGUCAGGGAACUGAAGGAACACUCCGCUCUCACGGCAUAUUCUCAGAGGCGGGCCUUGUCCACGCACCAAAGUCUUUAGAUUAUCUUCCUGCAGCCACCUUGUCUUGUACUUGGAUCAGUGCGUGGAACGCUCUCUUUGGCUUGAAAGGCCGGGAAGUAGGUCCUGACUCAUGGGUACUUGUCCAAGGCACAGGUGGUCUGAGUAUUGCUGCUCUGCAACUCGCUGUCGCAGCCGGUGCUUCUGUCAUUGCUACAACAUCGAAUGAAGAGAAAGCAGCUCGACUUAAGGCUCUCGGUGCGACUCAUGUUGUCAAUUAUCGCAAUAAUCCUCAAGGGUGGGGCGAGGAAGCCCGAGCAUUGACACCUGAUGGAAGAGGAUUCGACUUUGUUGUUGAUGUUGGUGGCAAUGAAACUCUACCCCAGUCCCUUGCGGCCGUGUGCGUGGAUGGCAUCGUACUGGUAGUCGGUGGAGUCGGGGAGAGCAAGGACGCAGUGCCCAUGUUCGCGGCCCUUAUGCACACAUGCAUUGUCCGUGGAUUUCUGGCAGGAAGCCGCAAUCAAUUCCGAGACUUGGUCCGCUUCAUUGACGACAAACAAAUCGUGCCCGCGGUUGAUGACAUGGUCUUCGAACUUGCGGAGACUAAGAGCGCGUACCAGCGCCUCAAAGAAAAGAAACAUUUCGCAAAGGUUUUGAUUAAGAUCGAUCAUGCUUAG